GCACGCAGCAACAAACUGUUACAAACAUUCCGUACCUUCCCUAGGUGGCCAUUCAUCAACGCUAGAUAUCGAUAGAGGAUGGUGACCUUCAGUACUAGUAGGUUCAAAGGAGGCAACAGUGGCAUGCGCCUUCUCCUCUCGCUAUCCAUAUCGGUGUGGUUUUGCCACCGCCGAUUGGUUGUGGAUUCGUUUUCUCCGCAAGGGGGAAAGGCGACCGUCUUCCGUCCGGACGUCUCUGACAAUCCCGUGCGUGCGAAAAUUGUUACGGAUUUAUCGGGGCAAGUGGCCAUCCGAACCACGAGCCUUCGAUCUUCCCCCGGGUUCCGAGAGCCCGGUGCAAACGCGAAACCACCGUCGGCGGUGCUGCUUGUCGGAACUUCCCGGUCCGAUGCGGGCCUUGUCACGCCCACCGAAGAGGAACGGGGCUUUUUGCACGCCCUCGAAGCGGCGGGGUACGGGAGCGUCGGCCUCGCGCAAACGGUUCCGGAAGACCCCACGGUGUGCUGCUACGAAUUAUCGAGGGCCACGGGGAUGCUGCGGCUGCUGUCCCAGCCGGAGGCGGGGGCUUGCAGCGGCGGCGGUUUCGAGCCGCCCCGGUGGGUCCCGAUGGUGCGCGGGGAAGAAAACGUCCUUGUCGCAAACGGCUGGAGCUUUCUCGAUCCCGACGAGAGCGAGCCCGUCUCGGCCUUUGACAUCGACGACGCCAGUGCCGAAGCGGAGUACCGGCCGAAGUGGGGGGCCGCCGCCGUGGCUGUGGAAGACGCCGGUGGCAGCGGUUCCCUGCGGCUCUCGCCCCUGGGAUACGACGUCUCGCCGCUCUCCGAGGAAGACGUGCUGCGGGAAGCGGACACCACCAACCUGUCGGGCAAUCCGCAUUCGCGGGGGGUCCUGCUGCACGGCCGGACGGAUCCACCCAACACGAAAACGACCUGCAACGGAAUCGACUUUCGGGGAUCCGCCGGACAGUCCGACAUCCCGGACGGGGUCUUUUUUGCCGCCAUCGGGGGACUCCCGCUGUUUUCCUCGAAGGACCUCUCCCCUACUACCGGCUCUUCGGGGUGGCUGUCCUUUGCGAGGCCGCUGGAAAGCUCGCACGUGCUCCACAUCGAUCCGGAGGAAGGUUCCGCGGACCGGCGCAUCGAGGUGGUGUGCGCGAGGACGCGGUGCCACCUCGGCCACUACUUCGGCCCAAUCGAGGGCUACUGCAUCAAUGCGAGCGCGCUGAGGUUUGUAUCGAGCAACGCGGAACAAACCCUCGGUGCACCGCCGUCGUCGCCGUCACCCAGUUUCCUUCCCGCGGGGUCGCUCCCGACCUCCUGGCGAUCCCUGGACGAUGCUGAUGGGCUUUCGCCGUCGCACCGGCUCCUGAAAGUCGUGCUGGAGAAGCACGGAAGGUUUGAGCGGGUGUGUCUGGGGUGCGGUUGUUUCUGGCACGUGGAGCAAGCACUGCUGCGCCUCCCGGGGAUCCGAUCCACCACGGCCUGCUACGCCGGGGGCCACACCUCCUCCCCGGUCUACAAGGACGUCUCGGGGGGAAGCACCGGCCACGCGGAGGUGGUAUCCGUCGUGUACGACCCCGGAAUGUGCCCCAGCAGCGUCCUGUUCGAUUGCUUUCUCGCCAUGCACGAUCCCACCAAGGUACGGGCACACGGCAAGCACGCCCUGAACACCGGACAGUACCGAAGCUGCGUCUUUGUGGAGGACGCUAGCCUCGAGGAGGUAGCCCGCGGUUGCACGGAGCAGUGCCGGAGUCAGCUCGGCAAGGAACUCAGCACGGACAUCCGGCUCAUGGGGCAACGGGAACAACAGCAGCGACAACAAGAAAAGGGAGAGUUUGGCCAUGGCUGGUGCUGGAGAGCAGAAGAUCGACACCAGAGGCACGACGAAAGAAUCAAAGGCAAUCUGAACGGAGGGGGCAACAACAACAACGACAACAAGCUGGCUUUGGGAACGCUGACUCCUACCGAAUGGUUGCGCGAGUACGGCAGACGAACAAGCAGCAUCGUUGGUGGAGUUGCCGAUUUGGAACGAUCGAUCCACCCGGACGACGACGGGAUGGCGAUGAUGAUGAUUUAAUUGUUUCAAAUAACGUAGAGAACACCAA